CAUCUUAUCUUGUCUUCCUAUCCUACAACUAGUCAUGGCUUCCACUUUCCAAUUCCUCCAUAUACCUCUCCCUUCAUCAAACCGCCACUCCCACUUCCCACUAAAAUGCACCUCAAAUGACCCCGACUUCCCGGCUCCAUCGCCGGAAACGACCAUCAGCCCUGACAAGUUCCCGAUCGAGAAACGGAGAAAAUCGGAGAUCAUCCGCGACCGGGAUAGUCGAAGGGGGCUGGUGAAGCCGGAGCCUCCGAAUUUCGAGAUAGGGUGGAAGAGGAGCAAGGCCAUCCCAUUGGAGAAGCCAACAGGAUAUGUGAUCAUGGACUUCUUGGAGAAGCUAGUGGAGCUCAUGGAUAGGGAGUUCGGGUCCGCGGCGCUGCUCGUUACAGCCGGGGAGAUUGUGGCGGCGAGAGCGUUAGAGGAAGCGGAGGUGCUGAGAGAUGAGGGGAAAGUGGAGGAUAGGAUGGUGACAGAGCUGGCUAGAGUUUUGAAGCUAAUGGAAAUGGAUUUGACUAUGCUUAAAGCUGCUGUUAAGGAAGAUACUUUGAAUGAGAGGCUUCAACAGGCUAAGGCUCGUUGCAGGCAGGCUAUUCUUCUUGCUAAUUCGUUUUGAAUCUUGUCUUCUAUAUAACAUUACUUAAUUACUUCUUUCGUUCCACAAGUUUAUUAUAAAUUGUUGAAGCCAAAAAUUGAAUCAAAAUUCCUAGUAAUACCUAUAAAUUAUUCUCUUUCAUUUUA